UGGAACCUUCAGGUCCCAACCGCCGCCAGGGCCGCUCCGCCCAGUGGAGCCUGUCCGGCCCCCUUUCUGCCCGCUAGCUCCCGCCGGCUGGCGCAGGCUGCCGGCGCCCUGGCACCGCGGGCGGGGUCGGAGUCUGGCCUUCCUGACGUUGCAGCUGCCGUCCCCGCACGUUCCGGCCAGUGCCUCCCUCUCAAGGCCGGGCGGCGCCCGUGGCUCAGGCUGCAGAGUAGGGAAGCGAGCGGCCGCAGAGGCACAGCAGCGAUCCGACGGGGGCGGAAAAUGGCGGCUUCGGAGGAGCUAAAUGGCGCCGGGACCCCUGGGGGGGUGGGGUGGGCCGGGAGGUUGGGUAGAGAACUGGGCCACAGGGAGUGGGGACAGCAAGGAAGCCCUAUUUGCUUUCUCGUGGUAUUCCUUAUUUAAUUUUUAUUUUUAUUACGUUUUUCGGUUUUGUUGUGUGGUGCAGCGUUGGAGAGAGGUAGGCUUGGGUGGGGUUGAGAGAGUGGGGGCGGGUCUCGACCCAACUUCCCCCGCUUUGCUUUUUUGUUGUUGUUCUUUUACCUUGUUUGCGCUUUAGAUUCUUCUUUAAUUUUGCGGGGAUUCAGCCUUGCUUGGCGAUUCACGGCUUAGGCAGAGAGAAUCGGGAUAGCUGGCCGAACCGCCUCUGUCAGUCUGAGUCUCUUUAAAGAAGGGAUGUGGGCUGGGGCGCCCGGACAGAGUCCUGGUGGAGCGCGGAAAAUGCGUCUGUAAAGAGUAAUUGGCUUAUUGUGCCGAUAUCCCAGAAAGUUCUUAAAAUUGUUAAAUCCACUUUGUCCUCUAAAAUGGACUUCGCUUUGAGAAUUUCUUCAGGGAGGUAUGUAAAUUGUUUUACCACAAUCUCCAGAGUAGAUUUGAGAGUAGAAGUGGCCAAGUGCCCUUCUGUGCAGUUGAAUGAUAGAGCAUAUGUUUUUAUAUAAAAAUAUUCGGCGUCGAUAAGAAAAGGGGUAAUCGUAUCAGUCAGGACUCCUCCCUUUCUCUCAUUGAAUUUGCGUAGUAGCUUUUUUCGCAACUCCAUUCAUUUUUGUGUACCUCUUUUUAAUGUACAUAGAUUUGAUUUUUGUUUGUGUGCCUCCUUUCUGACAGGCGAGGCUGCUUGUUGGGACGUCCUACAAAAUGCAUAUUUUGCAGAAUCUUUUAAUAUUACAUGUCUUGAGCUUAAAAUUGUGCCAUUUGGAAUAUUUUAAAUUAGUUAUACCUGUGUUUUUAAAUCGUAAGAGAAAACCAUUUGUAGCUUUUAAGCUCCAGUCCAAAUACGAAAAUAUUCUUCCCCUAUGUUGAAAGUUUUACAAAAUCCGUUUUUCUUUUUCAGUUAAGGGUUUUCUUUUGUUGUUGUUGCUUUUUUGUUUGUUUUACAGGCUGUCUUACUGGUAUUUCUUAAGGGUUUUCAUAUUUUUUCAUUACUUCAAAUUUUUUUAGGCUGGUUUUAAAUUUGUAUUUCAAGUAACUUUCUGAGGAUUAUUGUAUUUUAACAAAUUAGAUAAUUUACUAUCACUUUCUACAUUUAAAGAAUGACUAUGACGAUACAACAAAAUCUUAUCUUUUUCUCUUAUGUUGUAGUAGAAACAAGAUUUCAUGUAUUUGGUAAAGAUUUACAAAUCUUGUUAGGAUUUAGAGAAAAAAGGUUAAAACUACAUUUCUUAACAUGCAAAAGUUAUCUUACUGAGAGAAUCCAAUUUGGUGUGGGAAUAGUUUUUUUCUUCCAUACACAAAGCACAAAAGCCAGCCUCAUUCUGUGUGGAAAAAACCAUUAUGUUGUAGGUAUGAAAAAUAUAUUUCAUGAUUUGUGGUGAUUUUUGUCUCAUUUUAACUCCCAAUACUAGGUGCUUCUAUAUGCCACCAAACAAGCUAAUUUUUUUUCUUACUAUUUUAGUUGAUAGGCUCACCCCAAAUAUGCUUUUUGGGACUGAUUUAGCACCGCAUAUUCUGCGUGAAUCUCUUUAUUGAUUACAGUUGAGCUAAUGGUGGAGCCAAAAUGCUAUUGCCCUGUCUUCAUCAACAUUUAACCAAGCAUUGCAGAGAUAGGAACAUGGGGGAGAAACAAUCUGGAUAACAUGAAAGUGAUGCUGCUGGCUAAGGGAAGGCACCUUGAUUCUGUGGGAAGGGCUGUAGCUGAUCCAUCUGUUGUCUAGAUUUGAGUAUGAGCACAGUGGAAGAGGAUUCUGACACAGUAACAGUAGAAACUGUGAACUCUGUGACUUUGACUCAGGACACAGAAGGGAACCUCAUUCUUCACUGCCCUCAGAAUGUUUCAGAAAAUGAUCAGAGCUUUGAGGUGACCAUGACCGCGACCACGGAGGUGGCAGAUGAUGAGGUUACUGAGGGGACUGUGACACAGAUCCAGAUUUUGCAGAAUGAGCAACUAGAUGAAAUAUCUCCUCUGGGUAAUGAGGAAGUUUCAGCAGUUAGCCAAGCAUGGUUUACAACUAAAGAAGAUAAGGAUUCUCUGACUAAUAAAGGACAUAAAUGGAAGCAGGGGAUGUGGUCCAAAGAAGAAAUUGAUAUUUUGAUGAACAAUAUUGAACGCUAUCUGAAGGCACGCGGAAUAAAAGAUGCUACAGAAAUCAUCUUUGAGAUGUCAAAAGACGAAAGAAAAGAUUUCUACAGGACUAUAGCAUGGGGUCUGAACCGGCCUUUGUUUGCAGUUUAUAGAAGAGUGCUUCGCAUGUAUGAUGACAGAAACCAUGUGGGAAAAUAUACACCUGAAGAAAUUGAGAAGCUCAAGGAGCUCCGGAUAAAGCAUGGCAAUGACUGGGCAACAAUAGGGGCGGCGCUAGGAAGAAGUGCAUCUUCUGUCAAAGAUCGGUGCCGACUGAUGAAGGAUACUUGCAACACAGGGAAGUGGACAGAAGAAGAAGAAAAGAGACUCGCAGAAGUGGUUCAUGAAUUAACAAGCACUGAGCCAGGUGACAUAGUCACACAGGGUGUGUCUUGGGCAGCUGUGGCUGAACGAGUGGGUACCCGCUCAGAAAAGCAGUGUCGUUCUAAAUGGCUUAAUUACCUGAAUUGGAAACAGAGUGGGGGUACUGAAUGGACCAAGGAAGAUGAAAUCAAUCUCAUCCUCAGGAUAGCAGAACUUGAUGUAGCUGAUGAAAAUGACAUUAACUGGGAUCUAUUAGCUGAAGGAUGGAGUAGUGUCCGUUCACCACAAUGGCUACGAAGUAAAUGGUGGACUAUCAAAAGGCAAAUUGCAAACCACAAGGAUGUUUCGUUCCCUGUCUUAAUAAAAGGUCUUAAACAGUUACAUGAGAACCAAAAAAACAACCCAACGCUUUUGGAGAAUAAAUCAGGAUCUGGAGUUCCAAACAGUAAUACCAAUUCCAGUGUGCAGCAUGUUCAGAUAAGAGUAGCCCGCUUGGAAGAUAAUACAGCCAUCUCUGCUAGUCCCAUGGCAGCAUUGCAGAUUCCAGUCCAGAUCACCCAUGUCUCUUCAACAGACUCUCCUGCUGCUACCGUUGACUCAGAAACAAUAACACUAAACAGUGGAACACUACAGACAUUUGAGAUUCUUCCAUCUUUUCAUCUACAGCCCACUGGCACUCCAGGCACCUACCUACUUCAAACAAGCUCAAGCCAAGGCCUUCCCCUAACUCUGACCGCUAGUCCCACAGUAACCCUGACAGCUGCGGCUCCUGCUUCUCCUGAACAGAUCAUUGUUCAUGCUUUAUCCCCAGAACAUUUGUUGAACACAAGUGAUAAUGUUACAGUGCAGUGUCACACACCGAGAGUCAUCAUUCAGACUGUUGCCACAGAGGACAUCACUUCUUCCAUAUCCCAAGCAGAACUGACAGUAGAUAGCGAUAUUCAGUCAUCUGAUUUUCCUGAGCCUCCAGAUGCCCUAGAAGCAGACACUUUCCCAGAUGAAAUUCAUCACCCUAAGAUGACUGUGGAGCCAUCAUUUAAUGAUGCUCAUGUAUCCAAAUUCAGUGACCAAAAUAGCACAGAACUGAUGAAUAGUGUUAUGGUCAGAACAGAAGAAGAAAUCUCUGACACAGACCUUAAACAAGAGGAGGAAUCACCCUCUGAUUUAGCCAGCACUUACGUUACUGAGGGUUUAGAGUCUCCCACUAUAGAAGAGCAAGUUGAUCAAACAAUUGAUGAUGAAACAAUACUUAUCGUUCCUUCACCACAUGGCUUUAUCCAGGCAUCUGAUGUUAUAGAUACUGAAUCUGUCUUGCCUUUGACAACACUAACAGAUCCCAUACUCCAACAUCAUCAGGAAGAAUCAAAUAUCAUUGGAUCAUCAUUGGGCAGUCCUGUUUCCGAAGAUUCAAAGGAUGUUGAAGAUUUGGUAAACUGUCAUUAGAAUAAUUCCUAAAAAUAAGGCAGUUCAGGCAAGCCACACUGUUAAUUACAUCUUCAAAGAAAAGGAGCAACCCCCAAAAGGCUUAACUUACCAAUUUAAAUAGCUACAGUGCUUAAGCCGCACACAUUGUUGCUGCUAUGACUUUUUACCUCCUUUAAACACAUCAUCUGAUGUUGAGUUUUAUGACAGUGUGUAGUUGAGUGGAGGCUGGGGGUUUUAAGCAUAAAUCCCUAUGUUUAGUAUUUACAUGGCAGUAGGGAAUUUCAUUCACUUCAGCGACUGAGAAAAGUUUAAAAUCACAAAAGCUUAACUGCUGUGGUUUUAAAAAUACAGUUUCACUAAAGAUCAGACAUGACACUCUCUCUCAAGUAAGCCUGCUUCUAGUUCAUUUCAACAUGGUCUAGAGCUUACCAGUGAUCUUCUGUUCUUCAAGAAGACUAAGUUUGAGACUUGACCAGCAUACAAGUACAGAGACCUACGAGGUGGUCACAUUUGAUUAACCCAUUGCUGGCAGUGGGGGCUGAUUUAGGCAGGGUAAAGAGGAAAGCAUUAAAAAGAGUUAAAAUUCACUACAGGGCUUUUUGUCACUUUUAAAGGGAAUAUGAUAAGCAUUGUAAAAAAACCCACCAGAAGCUAAACAGUUUUCACCCCCUCAGAAACCGCUGUCAUUAGUUUACAAAGUUAACACUUUUAAGUAAAACUAAAUGGGGAAGGAAGUAAUGUUGUCUAUUCUGAUACCAUGACCAUUUAUUACAUUUUGCUAUAUAAAUUACCCAGAAAAUAGUUUGUCAUUCAUUUAGUGUGUUAGCUGGCGGGGUACAAUAUAAAUUCUCAUCUCAGGCAGUUUGAAAAAACAAUAUUCACUUCUAUAACAAAAGUAAACAAAUCUAAGUCAUUCCUAUACUGCAGAAGGGUUAAAGGCAAAGAUAGCAUCUUGGGUUUUUAAUGAAUAUGACCCCUAUAGAAAAGUCAAGAAAAAAAAACUUGUAUAAAUUAUUUUAUUUAUUAUUGUAAUUAGAUCUUCACAAAGUUGUCUUUUGACUGUCUGUUUUGUUAACGUGAAAUUAAAUUGUAGUUAUAAAGCAAAAGUUGGUUGCCUAGGGAACAACUGUAUAUUCAGUUUAACAAAAUAAAAGAAUAUUUGUCUUAAAA